GUGGACGAGAAAUGUCAUUAUUGUUUGAGCUAUGUGAUGAUUAGAUUCAUUCACUGUCAAACAUCGUGAGGUACUCAGUUGUGGGUGGUUAGUUUUAUAAGUGAAAAGAACUAUUUUUCUACAUAACAAUGUUCAGUUGGCUUAAAAGAGACAGUACUAAGAGCGAACGUUAUGGCAAUGUAGUGGAAGGCCUUAAAAACAUAUACUCAACCAAACUAUUGCCUCUAGAACAAUGCUACAAUUUCCACGAUUUCCAUUCUCCUCAAUUGGAGGAUUCCGAUUUCGAUGCAAAGCCAAUGAUACUUUUAGUUGGUCAGUAUUCUACUGGUAAAACGACUUUCAUCAAAUAUCUGUUGGAGAGAGAUUUCCCAGGGAUAAGAAUAGGACCAGAACCAACAACAGAUAGAUUUAUAGCUGUCAUGUACGAUGAGAAAGAGGGUAUGAUACCUGGAAAUGCUCUUGUCGUAGACCCAAAACGACAAUUCAGACCAUUAUCUAAAUUUGGGAAUGCAUUUUUAAAUCGUCUACAAUGUUCUUUAGUUGACUCUCCAGUCUUACAGAAUAUAUCCAUUAUUGAUACUCCUGGAAUAUUAUCUGGGGAAAAACAGAGAGUUGACAGAGGAUAUGAUUUCACUGGAGUUUUAGAAUGGUUUGCCGAAAGAGUAGAUAGGAUAAUUUUACUCUUUGAUGCACAUAAAUUGGACAUUUCAGAUGAAUUUCGUAGGUCCAUUGAAGCUUUGCGUGGUCAUGAUGAUAAAAUUCGAAUUGUUUUGAACAAAGCAGAUAUGAUUGACCAUCAACAAUUGAUGAGGGUUUAUGGUGCUCUUAUGUGGUCUCUAGGAAAAGUUUUACAAACCCCUGAAGUUGCCAGAGUUUAUAUUGGAUCAUUUUGGGACCAACCUCUGAGGUAUGAUGUGAAUAGAAGAUUAUUUGAAGAUGAAGAACAAGAUUUAUUUAAGGAUCUGCAAUCUCUACCCCGUAAUGCGGCUCUAAGAAAAUUGAAUGACUUGAUUAAAAGAGCAAGGUUAGCCAAAGUGCAUGCUUACAUCAUCUCCGAAUUAAGAAAAGAAAUGCCGUCUGUAUUUGGAAAAGAUUCAAAGAAAAAAGAUUUGAUCAAGAACUUAGGUACUAUAUAUGAUAGAAUUCAAAAAGAACAUUUAAUAUCUCCUGGUGAUUUUCCUGAAUUGAAGAAAAUGCAGGAAGUGUUAUACAACAUGGAUUUCACUAAAUUUCAACCAAUGAAACCUAAACUUCUAGAGAUUGUUGAUCGUAUGUUGGCUGAUGAUAUUUCUACAUUGAUGGCACAAAUUCCGUUGGAAGAAACUAAUAAUGUUGAGACGCAAGGUCCAGUUAAGGGAGGAGCUUUCAACAGUGUUGAAGAUACUGCAUCGCCUUUCGGCUACAAGAGAGGAGAAGGUAUUGAUGCUGGUGCUGGGGAAUUGGAUUGGAUUGUUGGAAGGAAAAGACAUGAAUACGAUGAAAUCUUCCAGAGGUUGUCCUCUGGUGAUGGCAAAGUAACCGGCAUGGCUGCCAAAGCGGAAAUGGUCAAGUCCAAGCUACCCAACACAGUUCUCAGUAAGAUAUGGAAACUUGCCGAUAUAGAUAAGGAUGGUAUGUUAGAUGAAGACGAGUUCGCUUUAGCAAUGCAUUUGAUUGAGGUAAAAGUUGAAGGAAACGACCUACCCUUGAAGUUGCCUGAUCACCUAAUUCCACCAUCUAAACGUACAAAUACAUCUGCAUAAUUUAGUAUUGUCAAACUUUAUUUAUAUACAAUUAACAGAUUAGGAAAUGGCAUACUCUUAUUUGAAAGACAUAAAGAUUGAGCUCUUGUAUGUUCAAUUAGACAAUUUCUUCGAAAUACAAGGGUUAUGUAUCACCAGACAUAUUUCUUAUUCACGUCAGUUUCUAAUCAUUGUAUUUCGAGAAUAUUUUUAUUUUCUAAAAUUGCUUCAUACAGAUAUUGGCGAAGUUUGUUGAACCCAGUGAAUGCAUUAUAUUUAUUUUUACAGUUUUUCGUAAUUGUGAUAUAUCCAGCACAUUAUUCUAAAGCAACACAAUUUCAUGAGUCUUUCAAAAGCCUUUUUAUUUUGUCAUCGAAAUAAUGGAUAAUAUUGAUAAGAAGAGACUGAAUAUUUUGAUAACUAAUAUUAACAAAAAUAUUUGAAUUGUGUUCAUUCCACAUUAAGGGUUGGAAUAUUUUUGCAGUUUGGAAUCUUGUUGGAUCGCUUCAUCCAUUAUUACGAUUAAUAGUCAAAAAUUAUAGAAAAAUAUAUCAUUUCAUAUAAGUAUAUCUUUGUUAUUUAUAUUGUAAUCCUUUUUAGAUGUCAAUCUAAGUCAGUUAUAAAUAGUUUUAUCUUUUAUUUAUCCUUCUUGUAAUUCGAAAUUCAGAAUUGUUAAUAUUUUCAAUAAAUAUUUCUCAAAAUCAA